UUACCCAGACAGCGCAGGGGCGCUAUUAGUCUUGGAUCAAGACGCCUUUCAUGGUUCUACAGCAGUGUAAAAUCUAAACAUAAUGUGAUUCAACAUGAUGUAGCCUUUCCGGUGCCUUUCCCGGAGGGGAUUGUCUGGUAACGAUUCGUGUCGCGGAAUAAACAGGAAGGUCUUGGAACCAAGACUACGGCGAUCUUGUUUUUGUCAACUUUUACAUCGUCGUCGUCAUUGCUGCGUGUCACGUGGGACAUUCUGGCGACCCCAAAUUCUUAGGGUGAUCAGCAACGAAUCCUGUACCCAGUCUUUGCGAGUUGCGUUCGGUGCUCGCUCAUCAGGUAGCUUUUACUGCAGUUUGUGGGCACAGUUCUUGGUUUGUCAGAUCGUGGGUCGGCUCGAGCAGUAGAAAGCAUCAAAAACAAAUCUCACGCCAGGCAUCUUGAUCAAGAGAGGAAGAAAGAAGAGACAGAAAUGGCCGCUCCUCCGCCAUAUGAACCACCCAAGCAAGCGUACCCCCCACAACAGCCUGGGUACCCCCCACAGCAGGGGGGCUAUCCGCCGCAACAAGGCUACCCCCCGCAACAGGGCUACCCCCCUGCUCAAGGCUACCAGCAGCCCCCACCCCAGGGCUAUGCGCCCGUCCCCACACAGGGGCCGCCGGGCGUGGUGGUGGUGCAAGCUGGAGCCCCUCAGCCUGUGCAGCAGACAAUUGUCACCACUACUGUGCAGCAACGACCCCGUGUGAACCACUUGCUGCAUCUGUUGAUCACCAUCUUCUUCUGGCCUUGGGUGAUUGUGUGGAUCAUUCUAUGCAUCACUGAGGGGGACUGCUAGAAAGAUGGACCGUGGAAAAGGACUUGUGAAACUUAACAGACAUUCCCUGAGACAGAAACUGGUAAACAACUUGGGGCCAACAUUCACGAUGCACCGAUACAUACAGUACGUCAGCAUAUUCAAUAUGAUGUCCUAAGCCAUUUCCGAAUUACCUUGACUGUGACAUAGUCAUGUGGCAUUUCAAGCCAUAGCCAAGUAUAAAUGUAGAUAUGACUGUAUAAGUAGUUACCAGUAUCUCCAGAGGACAAGCGGGAAAAAAAACCAGAGAAAAUUGUUGGCUUCUCGACUAAAUUCACAUGCAGGGCAUGUGCAAAUGUUAUUCACUAUGCUGUAUCGUCACUGAAAGACUUGGCCCCAGAAAUUGGAAAUGUAAUUUGGAAAGGACUAAAAUUGUAUUUGAAUGUUUUGUCCUAAGAAGGAGAGAAUAGUGAUGCUUUUUUAUAUUGACAAAGUGAACACCACUGUUUGUAUUUAAGGGAAGUUUUGCAUAGCAGCCAUCUUAGGGUUUAUACUAAUUCAUUGUUACAAACGAACAAAAGGUCUCUGCAGCAGAACAGAAGUGUUGCCCUUCAAGAUGGUUGCUGUGCAUAAUGUCAAAUUAAUCUUAAUGAUAGUAGCCACACAUAUCAUGUUUCAAAAAAAUUUUGUAGAGGCUUAUUAUCACUGUUAAAUCUUCACGGUAACAAUAUUUACUCCUUACUUUUGGGAUUGGAUUUUUGGAGCUUACAUAUAACUGUAGUGAAAGCCAAACUUGUUGGCAUUUGUUGUGGUGUAGCAUUGUCUGUUUCCUACUGGGGGGGUUAAAGGUCAUUUGCAUUCAACUCAGUCGUGCAUGGAGGCUUUGGGUUGGGAGAGGGGGAUGGAGAAUGAAAAUUCAAUCACAGAACGGUCCAAAUGUGGUUAGGCAUGUAAGACUCCUCAACCUCACUCCCAAGGUGGGUUUGCCAUUUCUAAAGCUGGCAUUUUCAUUUCUCUAGAAAAGAAAAAAACAAAAGAAAAAAGGCAGCAUACAUGUAUAUGUCUCUGGGGAGGGGGUUCCCCCCAGUGAAUAAGCCACUGAUCAAACUGAGUACUUCCAGUGUAAAUCUAAUAUACAAGGCUUAAUGUGGCUGAACAGUGAGGCUUGAUUAAAAUCUUGUUAGCUUUUCAAUGAUGCAUAGAGUUCGGGGAAGUCAAUUCUCAGCAAGGAAUUAGACACGUUCUGUAUAAUAAGGGAAAAAUGGAAUUUUUUUACCUCUAUUUCUGAUUUGAUUCAGCAUAAAAGAAACCUAACUGGUCCCUUUUUCCCAAAUUCUUUUGGCGGAGAUAUAUUCCAACAUUGUAAAGCAAAUGUAGUGUUUCAAUACAUGUAAAGUAUGCAUUCAAAUUGUGAAUUUAUAUUAUUCAGAUGUACAUGUAUGUGUACUGUAUUUCAUUAGCUACGUGUAAAUUACAUGUGUGAAUACUGAAAUUCAAACUCCAAAGCUUGCGAACCAGUUUUUCUGUACUAACCUAAACAUGGUUUAUUGUGAUGACCCUAUCCCUAAUGUUUGACAAGCAACUGAUCCAUUGUAGAGCUGUCGUACAAGAUACAAGUAUUGAAAUAUCCGUAAAUGGUACAUCAGUGCAUGGUACAUUUGAAUUGGGCAUGCCAUCAGUUGUGCGUGGCUAGGGCCAUCCUCCAUAUCUCAGGUUCAUCUCUGGCAUGGGCGACAUCCGUGUUGGAAAAAUCAUGCCGAGGCCGUUAAUGUCCAAACUAAAUGCAGAUGCAGAUACUGGCUUCAAAUUGAAAGGUUUGGAUGUUCUUGAGGCAGUAACAGGGCAGACAUGCACAUGUGCAUACUGAGCUGGAGUCUGGUUGGGCUUCUAAGAAAUUCCAUGAAUCCCAAAAGGAUUUAUGAAGCCGAGGUUUGGCAAAUACAUGUACCCGAUCUUUACUCUUGUAGUUUGACCUUGGUAAUUCACACACCGAAUGCAUCCUGUGGUGAACAGCUACGGGGGUACCAUGUAAACUUGGGUGUGAACGAUAGGGCCUUUUGAGCAGAAAUACCUUUUAUUUGGGGGAUUCAGAGGAUGAAUGGUGGUUGCCAACUGCCAUGCACUGCUGGUUUCUGUACAGUUCUGCGCCAGCUCUCUGCCCAGUUUUACAUGUAUAUUCACAUGUACAUGCAUUUUGUUGAGCGUAUGUGACAGUCUGCUUAAAGUAGCCUGCCAUCAUUAUUCAUGCCCAUGUAUUGUACCUCAAUUCCGUUGUGCAGCUGUUGAUCAGUAUUCUCUACAUAAGUUCCCCUCUAAAAUAGUUCUGCUUCCUGUUGCAUAGCAAUGGAAAUCAGGGUUGGUAGGUGCAUGUACAUGUACGUGUGAAAUUUUUUUUUCAACUACUGCUUCUGUGUGCAGUUGUGUUUUAACUGGUUCACAGUAGCAACCACCAGAGAGGUCAGGUGACAUUUGUUUCAGUGGAAUGAACGACACUUUACAAGGUACCAGUUGCGUUCAUAAAAAGACCAUAGAACAUUCAAACUGCCGAGGCCCCUUUUUUUACUCUCUAAAUUCCCUAUUUCCUCCCCUUUUAAAAAUUUUUUCUCCCCCAAAACUAUCAGGGUCGCACCGUCAACAGAGAGUAGGUCCAUGAAUCAGAACAGAAGCAGAACUAUUAACCCUAACACUCCUCAGUCCUCCAACAGGUGAAGGAUUGAGGAGGGUUAGGGUUCAUUUUUGUCUUGUUUACAGCCACAAGCUGGUAUGUGUGGGAUUAUGUGAACAGUAUUUCCAAAGCAAACUUUUAUUGCUUAGAAAAAAGAAGGCUGAAUCCACAGCAUUGAAAUAUAAAGGCCUUGCCUAUCAACUUGUAUAACGAUGUAUAUCUGAAGUUGUAAACUUCAUGUUUGUUUUUGUUGUUUUGAACUUUGUUGAACGUGUAGUUUCAAAUAUAUUUUUGUCGGCUUUAUCUACUUUUUUCCCUGUCUGUCCUUUUGUAAACUGUUCAACUAUUUGUUUUCUAGUAAGCAGCUUGCACAAUAGCCAGUGCCUUGAAUAAAUGCAGUCUUCAUCAGAACAAAUUAAUUGGAAUUGUUCUGAUCACUCCUAAUCAUAAAUUUGCUCGCUGAAAAUGUUACUGAUGUGAAACAAGUGUGUAGAUCUUUAAAUUUAUGUUUGCAGGAGGGCAGGCUCUUGAAGAUGUUUGAAAGACAUAGAAAUCUUGUGAAGACGUAAAGUUUUUUACUGAAAUUAAAUAGCUUUUCUGGCCGCCUAGUGAAGUUAAAGGUGUUUACUCAGAAAGUUGAUUAACAUUUUCUCAUUUAGGUUACCUGUGACAGCUUCAUGGUUGGUAAUGCAGUAUACGCACAAGUCUAGUAGACACAGUUGCUUGACAACUUUCAUACAGGUACCUGUAUUAAUGUCAGUGGCAGCAGUGCCCAAUGCUAAAUUGUUUUGUAAACAUGAUCGCAGGACUCGAUCAGAUAUAAAGACCAUUGUCUUCCAUAUGAAGGCAGUGUGAGUCAAUCAUUGCACCUUGCCGAACAUAUCCAAUCAGUACGACACCAAAAGUGCAACACCUCCGAUGAGAGUGUGCCAACUUGCUUAGAGUGUUCAAACUUUUUUCCCCAACAGCCCAAGUAUACAUGUACCAUCUUGAGGCACACCUGUGCUCUCAAUUGUUUCAGUAAUUUGACUUUUAGAAUGCAAGUUUAUAAACAAACACUGAAUUUCUCCAUUGUAUUUCAUUAUUUUCCACUCUGAAUAUUCAAUUUCAAACGGAAACAGAAAUCUGCAGUCAGCACAGCCGUGAUGUAUAACAGUUUAUCCUUUAUAAAUAUUUUUUAAUGCUUCAUUUGAAAUUCCGAUAUGGGUGUGGUUCUCAGUGUUCUGCUUGGCACAUAGAAUUAUUUUGUCAGAAACUAACAAAAACAAGACGAGAAUUUCAAGCCUUUGGCUUUUAAACCAACAGUAUCUUUUGUAGUAUGUAUACUCAGAGACUUUGAAUAAAGUGCUUGUUUGUGUCAGAAUU